AUGGAUUCUCCAACUCGUAGAGAUACCGAAAGAAACCAGAUAUCGCCUUUAGACGAUGAAGUGGCGAAUGCAUACAGAGUUGCAGUUCCUCCAAAACAGAACUUGUUCAAGGAAUUUCAAUAUACAGUUAAAGAAACAUUCUUUGCUGAUGAUCCUCUAAGAUCCUUCAAAGACCAAACAAAGUCGAAAAAGCUAAUCCUUUGUAUUGAGGCAAUAUUCCCAAUAUUUAACUGGGGGAGAGGCUAUAAUCUUAAGAAAUUUAGAGGAGAUAUAAUUGCUGGUCUCACUAUUGCAAGUCUUUGCAUACCUCAGGAUAUUGGAUACUCGAGGCUUGCGCAUUUGGCUCCGCAGUAUGGACUGUACUCAAGCUUUGUUCCACCGCUGAUUUAUGCAUUCAUGGGGAGUUCUCGCGAUAUAGCAAUAGGACCGGUGGCUGUGGUUUCUCUCUUGAUGGGGACUUUGCUUAGUAACGAGAUUGAUCCGGUUACUCAUAAAGAAGAAUAUCAAAGACUUGCUUUUACGGCCACGUUUUUCGCUGGGAUUACACAAGCAACUCUUGGGAUUUUCAGGUUAGGAUUUUUGAUUGAUUUCCUAUCCCAUGCUGCUAUUGUUGGUUUUAUGGGAGGUGCUGCCAUCACAAUUGGCCUUCAACAGCUAAAGGGUUUCCUUGGCAUUAAAAGCAAAAUGUUCACAACAAAAACCGAUAUCGUCUCCGUGCUGCAUUCAGUGUUCUCAUCAGCCAAACAUGGAUGGAACUGGCACACUAUAUUAAUCGGAGCUAGCUUUCUGUGUUUUCUUCUCGUCGCCAAGUAUAUCGGAAAGAAGAACAAUAAGUUCUUCUGGGUGCCAGCAAUUGCUCCAUUGAUAUCUGUCGUGCUGUCCACUUUUUUCGUAUUCAUAACACGCGCAGAUAAGCAAGGGGUAGAAAUUGUAAAUAAAAUAGAGAAAGGGAUCAAUCCUUCGUCUGUUCAUGAUAUUUAUUUUAGCGGCGAAUAUCUUGGGAAAGGUUUUAAAAUCGGUGUCACGGCAGGCAUGAUAGCACUGACAGAAGCCAUAGCUAUUGGAAGAACUUUUGCAUCUAUGAAGGACUAUCAACUCGACGGAAACAGAGAAAUGGUUGCAUUAGGAACAAUGAACGUUGUUGGUUCGAUGACUUCAUGUUAUGUGGCAACCGGUUCUUUCUCUCGGUCGGCGGUAAACUACAUGGCUGGCUGCCAAACUGCGGUAUCUAAUAUUGUGAUGUCCGCGGUUGUUUUUCUAACGCUGCAAUUCCUAACUCCGCUUUUUAAGUACACUCCAAAUGCAAUUCUUGCUGCCAUCAUCAUUUCCGCUGUCAUCAGCCUUGUGGACUAUCAGGCAGCAAUUUUGAUUUGGAAGAUCGAUAAAUUCGAUUUCAUUGCUUGCAUGGGAGCAUUCUUUGGAGUUGUUUUCAUUUCGGUUGAGAUCGGACUUCUAAUUGCUGUUUCUAUAUCUUUUGCGAAAAUCCUAUUACAAGUGACAAGGCCAAGAACAGCUAUUUUGGGGAAGAUUCCUCGGACAACUGUGUAUAGAAACAUCCAACAAUAUCCAGAAGCUAGUAGGAUUCCAGGUGUAAUGAUUGUAAGAGUUGAUUCUGCAAUAUACUUUUCCAACUCCAACUAUGUUAAAGAAAGGAUAUUAAGAUGGUUAACGGAUGAAGAAGCUGUGAAAGGAGAUUUCCACACAAGAAUUCAGUUUUUGAUAGUUGAAAUGUCACCUGUUACUGAUAUUGAUACAAGUGGCAUUCAAGCCUUUGAAGAGUUACAUAGAAGUCUUGAAAAAAGAAGUGUUCAACUUGUUCUGGCAAAUCCUGGUUCAGCAGUGACAGACAAACUUUACACGUCCAAUUUUGCUAACAUAAUUGGGCAGGACAAGAUUUUCCUCACUGUUGCAGAGGCUGUUGCAUAUUGUUCUCCAAAGCUUGAUGUAAACCCAUGA